GGAUACAGUCGGACCGAGGUAAUUAUCCGAUUCAGGUCGGUUCGGGGAGGGUACACUAACGUUCUUCGUGCUUGUUGGACGUGCUGGUGCAUCCUGGGGAAGGGUGCUCUGGACUUUCUGCAGCUUGGCUGGCGGAGGGCCUCAGAUCUCUCUUGAAGGACGCUCUUCUGUCCUAGGUCCGACCGUGUCAUGGUGGGGGCCAGGAGGUCUCCCCAGGCUUCACGGUGACUCCAUGGUGACUUCAUGGCGCCUCCUCCUGGUUCCCAAUGCGUCCCCUGGCCCUUCCCUGGGCCGCGCGCACGUGCCUCGGGCCAUGCUCUGCGAGUUCCCCUCUUGGGCGCCCCGGCUGGCCCCGGGGGCCGCCCCCUCGCUCAUCAGUUUCCUCUGGCUCCUCCGGCAUCUCCCCUUCCUCGUCGUAUUCGUCGUCGUCCUCCUCCCCUCCUCCUCGUCCUCUCCUCCCUCUCCCCUCUCUCCUCUUCCCUUUCCUCCUCCUCCUCCUCCUCCUCCUCCUCCGUCGUCCUCCUCCUCCUCCUCCUCCUCCUUCUCCUUCUCCUUCUCCUCCUCCUGGACUUCCCCGAUGGCCCCGGGUGGCAGGGCGUGGUGGGACAUCUUCCCGACCUCCAACGAGAGAGAGGGCGUCGCAGAACAGAAUCCGGCGGGCAAAGUCAAGCUCGAGGCGAAGCUCUACAGGCUAUCCCACGAGAAGGCGUCGUUGACUAGGCCUUCGAGCAAGCUGACGCCGAGCUCCGCCUACAUGACGAUCCACGUCAGGGCCCUGCGCGGGCUGCGCGACAGGGCCUGUUCGGGGGCCGCGCUGAACGUCACGGUGGAGGGCACGACACCCCGGAGCAUCAGCCUCAAGAGCAAGAAGUCGAGAAAGGUGAAGCUGCCCGCGUGCACGGUGGAGGCGCAGCGCAUGCUGGAGUUCCUCGUCCUGGAGAAGGGCCACUCGAUCUCCCGGGCGGCUGAGAUCUCCGGCAUACCCGUGGAGACCGUCAGGAGCGCCUUGCAGGCACGCGCGUCCUUCACGUGCGAGUGGUUCCGCGGCUUGGGCUUCGCGUUCGAGGACCCGUCCACGAGCACCGUCUCGAUUCAGAUGACAACGGAGCCCGAGGCCAAGGAGCUGAAGGCGGGCAAGAAGCUCAAGCUCGCGGAGCUGAGCGUGCCCUUCCGGGUCGGGGACCUCAUAGAGAUGCCGGA